CCUUUUGUCGGUGAAACCCUAGCCCUCAUCCAUCUCCGUUCGCAGUAUGCUCCUCAAUAGACCCCAUUGUUACCGCUCAAUAUCCACUCUAUGCUCUCCCGCCGACGCUCUUCUCGCCGACAAAGCCAUCGUCUAUCUCCGGCGCCACCCAGAUCAGCUCGCCAUUCUUUCCUCCCACUUCACUCCCCAAGCCUCCUCCAAUUUACUCCUAAAAUCCCAAUUCGAUCAAAAUCUAGUCCUCAAAUUCCUCGAUUGGGCACGUUAUCAGAGAUUCUUCUCCUUCCAAUGCAAAUGUCUCGCGCUCCACAUCCUCACUCGCUUCAAACUCUACAAGACGGCGCAAUCCCUAGCUGAGGAAGUCGCGGUCAAUACGAUUGAUGAAACUGGCGCUGAACUCUUUCAAUGCCUGAAGGAUUCGUAUCAUCUGUGCAAUUCCAGCUCUGCGGUAAUCGAUCUUGUGGUUAAGUCUUGUUCUCGCGUUAAUUUGAUUAAUAAGGCUUUGAACAUUGUUAAUUUAGCGAAAUCUCAUGGGUUUAUGCCGGGCGUGCUUUCUUAUAAUGCUGUUUUAGAUGCUGUAAUUAGGACUAAACAAUCGGUUAAGUUCGCGGAGGGGGUUUUUAAGGAGAUGAUAGAAUGUGGUGUUUCCCCCAAUGUGUAUACAUAUAACAUUUUGAUUCGCGGGUUUUGUGCUGCUGGGAAUUUGGAAAUGGGGUUGUCUUUUUUUGGUGAAAUGGAGAGAAAUGGAUGUCUGCCAAAUGUGGUUACUUAUAAUACCAUAAUUGAUGCUUAUUGUAAGUUGAGGAAGAUCGAUGAGGCGUUCGGGUUGUUACGAUCCAUGGCAUUCAAAGGCUUGGAGCCAAAUUUGAUUUCAUACAAUGUGGUGAUAAAUGGGUUGUGUCGAGAAGGACGAAUGAAGGAGACGAGCGACAUUCUCGAGGAGAUGAACAAAAGGAGAUAUGUUCCUGAUGAGGUGACAUUGAAUACACUUAUAAAUGGUUACUGUAAGGAAGGUAAUUUUCAUCAAGCACUUGUGUUGCACGCAGAGAUGGUGAAAAAUGGUUUGUCACCGAACGUCGUUACUUACACAACUUUGAUUAAUAGCAUGUGCAAGGCUGGUAAUUUGAAUAGAGCUAUGGAAUUUUUGGACCAGAUGCGUGAUAGGGGACUACGUCCGAAUGGGAGGACGUAUACUACAUUGAUUGAUGGAUUUUCUCAACAGGGACUACUAAACCAAGCAUACCAGGUUAUGAAAGAAAUGAUUGAGAAUGGAUUCACCCCUACAAUUGUUACCUAUAAUACUCUCAUUAAUGGGCACUGUAUCUUAGGGCGGAUGGAAGAGGCUGCUGAACUCCUUCAAGAAAUGACAGAGAAAGGUUUUACACCCGACGUCGUGAGCUAUAGUACGAUUAUUUCAGGUUUUUGUCGGAAUCGAGAAUUGGAGAAAGCUUUUCAACUGAAAGUAGAGAUGGUGGCUAAGGGUAUUUCUCCUGAUACAGUAACUUAUUCAUCAUUAAUUCAAGGUCUUUGUGAGCAGAGAAGACUCAGUGAAGUUUGUGAUCUCUUUCAAGAAAUGGUAAGUGUUGGCUUGUCUCCUGAUGAAGUUACUUACACAUCCUUGAUCAAUGCUUACUGUACUGAAGGCGAUUUAGAUAAGGCUCUCGGGUUGCACGAUGAGAUGAUAAAAAAGGGGUUCUUACCUGAUAUUGUUACCUAUAAUGUGCUUAUUAACGGAUUAAAUAAGCAAGCUCGUACAAAGGAAGCGAAGAGGCUUCUGCUAAAGUUAUUAUAUGUAGAGUCUGUGCCAAAUGAAAUCACAUAUAACACUCUGAUAGAUAACUGUAACAAUUUAGAGUUCAAGAGUGCGUUGGCUCUUAUGAAGGGAUUCUGUAUGAAGGGUUUGAUGAAUGAAGCAGACAGAGUUUUCGAGUCUAUGCUUCAGAAAGGUUACGAACCCGACGAGGCAGUUUAUAACGUCAUCACACACGGUCACAGUAAAGUUGGAAAUAUCGAAAAAGCUUACAGUUUGUACAAGGAAAUGUUACGAUCUGGAUUCGUUCCCCACUCUGUGACUAUUAUGGCUUUGGGUAACUUACUGUUUGCUGAAGGAAAAGAUGUAGAGUUGAAUCGAGUUCUUGAGUACACGCUGAAAAGCUGUAGGAUUGCCGACGCCGAGCUUGCGAAGGUACUUGUUGAUAUCAACAAUAAAGAAGGUAACAUGGAUGCAGUUUUCAAUGUGAUUAAAGAUAUGGCUCACAGUGGCUUACUACCAUACAGUUCUGCUCACUUGAGGACUUCAAGAAUAAAGUGAAGAACUAUUUAGUAAUGUCAAGAACCGAUCUAUUGAAUAUCUUGAGAAGAUGAAGAUAGAAUGGAAGUAAGCAUCAUAAGCUUAUGGCUUCCCUUCGUUUGCCAGAGAUUUCAGGUGGUUGGCUAUUCUUCUUUCUACCAUCUUAAUGCCCCGAGAAGCGAUAAAGGAAGAGAGACGACGCGUGUAACGGUCAAGUGGAAGAAUUGAUGUUCCAUCUGGCUAAAACCGACGAUGGCUCCUAUGACCCAAAACUCAAAAUGAGCCACGAGAAGAGCUGCAGCUGGAAUCGUCAAGAACAGGAAGAGCGUGGACAAAGGGAGUCGACAGACAAAAGGUUGGUGGUGAUGAAGGGGAGGUUUAAGAAGAAAUGCACAAAUGGAAUUGAACUGUUCGUUCUGUUUUUCGUGUUUUGAAUGUAUAAGGUUGAUGGUCGAUUUAAUCAUAGUUUAAUUAAUCGUAACAUUUUUUACAC